AUGAAUCUAGGAAAUCUGCAGAGCACCCACACCCACCCAGGACUCCCUCCCUCUCCCCCCAUCCCAACCCCUCUGUCAACUCUGCACUCAGCAUUAGUGUUGGGCUGUCAGGCAGUGUGCUCAUUGUCCCCCAUCGUUGCACCUGCUCUCUGCUUACAAAGCCUCUCCUUCUCCUCCUGCUCAAGUAUAAUGGAAGUCAAAACAAGAUGCAUCAGUGUGAUCUACUUGGUGGUUCUGUGUAUGUCUUUCUGCCAUCAAGGAGACUCGACCACAAAAAAGGCCAUCAAGAUACCCCGCUGUCCUGCGACUUGCUCUUGCACUAAAGACAGUGCUUUCUGUGUGGAUACAAAGGCGAUACCAAAGAGCUUCCCACCUGGGAUUAUAUCCCUGACGAUGGUGAACGCAGCAUUUACGACCAUACCGGAGGGCGCUUUCUCACACCUUCACUUGCUCCAGUUCCUGCUCUUGAAUUCCAACACAUUCUCCAUAAUUUCAAAUGAUGCUUUUGCUGGCCUAUCUCACCUGCAGUACCUGUUCAUUGAAAAUAAUGACGUCCAAAUGCUCUCAAAAUAUACCUUCCGAGGACUCAAAUCUCUGACUCAUCUAUCUCUCUCAAACAACAACCUGCAAGAACUGCCAAGAGAUCUAUUUAAACAUCUGGACAUUCUCACAGAUUUGGAUCUGCGGGGAAACUCCUUCCGCUGUGACUGUAAGAUCAAGUGGCUGGUUGACUGGAUAGAUAAGACCAAUACUUCAGUUCCUCACAUAUACUGUGCAAGCCCCUUUGAAUUGCAGGGACGCAGAAUUCAUGACCUUGCCUCGAGAGACUUCAACUGCAUCAGUGCAGAUUUUGUCGUUUAUGAAACGUUUCCUUUCCACUCUAUGUCUGUGGAAUCUUAUGAGUUCAGCAGAGAUCAAUUCAUUGCCUUUGCACAACCAGAAUCGGGUUUCUGCACUCUUUACGUGUGGGAUCACGUAGAAAUGGCCUUUAGGACAUUUUAUAAUAUUACCUCCCGUUCCGCGCUGUACUGCAAACCAGUGGUGAUAAACAACACGCUUUACAUGAUUGCGGCCCAACUUUUUGGAGGUUCUCACAUCUACAAGUGGGAAGAGGACCCUCUUCGUUUUGUGAAGAUCCAAGACAUCGACACAAGUCGGGUUAGGAAGCCCAACUACGUCGAGACCUUCCAGCUAGACGGCGAAUGGUAUUUUGUUGUAGCAGACAGUUCCAAGGCUGGUUCAACAAGCAUUUAUCGAUGGAACAGCAACGGUUUUUACUCCCACCAGUCCCUCCACCCUUGGCAUCGCGACACCCAUGUGGAGUUUCUCGAUGUUGGAGGGAAGCCUCAGCUCAUACUGUCCAGCGCCACUCAACCACCAGUGGUCUACCAGUGGAACCGAAGUCUGAAACAGUUUGAUUUCUUCACCCAAAUCACAGAGCAAGCUGAUGUGCAGAUGGUUAAGCACUUUUGGGUUAGAAAGGCCCUUUACCUUUGCCUCACACGUUUCAUAGGCGACUCUAAGAUUCUUCGUUGGGAAGGCCAACGGUUCAUCGAGAUACAGACUCUUCCUUCUCGUGGUUCAAUGGUUGUCUAUCCGUUCACAGUGGGCCUUCGCCAGUAUCUUAUCCUCGGGAGUGAUUUCUCUUUUUCCAGAAUCUACUUGUGGGAUGAUCUCACUCAGCGCUUUCAGCCCUUCCAAGAACUCAACAUGAGAGCCCCAAGGGCCUUCAGUUUAGUGUCGGUGGACAAUAAGGACAUUUUGCUGGCUGCCAGCUUCAAGGGCAAUUCCCUGGCGUACCAGCACCUGCUGGUCGACCUCAGUGCUAAGUAG